CCGACAGAAUCUCCUCGUGCAAGAGGUAUAUAUAUAAAUUAUAAUAAUAUACAUUAAUAUAAUAAUCACAUAGUAACGAUAAUAAGUAAUUAUUAAAACUAUUUAUAACGAUAUAACCGCAACAACAAUAAAUUAUAAUUAUAAUCGCAACGAUAAUUGGUAAACCGACAACUGAAACUUAUCAAAAAAACGAAAAUUACUUUUACACCACAUACGCGUACUUACUUUAUCUACACGUAUAAAUACAUAUGUUGUAUGUGAUAACGUUGUACAGUUGCACACACAUAUGUAUACGUAUAUGCGUACAUCUUUAUUUGUAACCUCCGUAAAUUCGUGAACGAAAAAACCGAGAAAAAAAAGGGGGAAAGAAAUAAUUGGGAAGAACAUUUUUUUUUUUUUGGGUCUUUUUUCUCAAUUUUCGUUUUUUCGUUCUUUGGUUGUUAGAUUUCGAUUCUUCUUCAUUUCUCAAAUCCGACUGUCCACACGAACGAUUCGCGAACGAUUGUUUGAUAAAUUGAAAACUUAAAAAAAAAUUAAAACAAAACAAAUAAACGAGUAAAAAAAGGGAGGAGGAAAAAUAGGACGAAGUAAAGGUUGCAAAGUUGUUGCCGUCGGAUAUACCUAUUCUAAAACUCGCAGCGAAACGGCUGGCUGGCCGGACUUACGGGGGAUCCUCGCGACCCAGUAACAGAUGUCGGCAUGCCAUUCGUGAGAUUCGGUGGAUACCGCAGCAGAGAGACGGAUGUCGUUGUCGUUCGACGGUGCAAAGGAGAGAAGAAGGUUCUCCUCGGUCCGAAGAAACAAUAAGGCGUGAGGUCAACGUAAAACAAAAAGGGAAGUAAAAAAAAGCACAAAAGCAAACGUAAUAAAAAGGAAAGCUCGGCGGCGGCAAACGGAGUAAGCGGGAAGCGCUCUUGAAAACCGUUCGUGUGUUUUCUCUAUCGGAAAAGAUCGAACGAUAACAAGUGUUGAGUCAACCGGAAAUCCGGCGAUAUAUCUACAUAAGAAAACGAGGGAAGAAAGAAAAAUAAAAUAACCAAAUCUCGGUGCCGAAAAAAUAGAAUAAAAUAAAGUCGAGAAAGUUUUGAAAAAAUUUCGUGAAUACAAAACCGUUGAAAAGAAGAGGAAAUAAUUUCGAAAUGUUGCCGACCAAUGUGAUGUCCUUCAUGAAGAAGAUGGUGACCACGCAGCCCGAUGCCGGACCAGCGGGAUCCGUGACGCCGGAGGAAAGCGGUACGACCUUCAGUAAAUUACGGCAACUCGGAAGUGGUCUGAUGACGGCAACCGGAAACGUGACAAAAUUAACGCCAGCCAAAGUAACGCCCGUGGAGGAGAUUCAACCGAAGCAAGAAACUUCGCCGGUCGAACAACCGAAACCGAAACCGGAACCGGGGAGACCGGCGAGCAGGACGGGGGCUUGUCGCGUCUGUUUGAAGUCGUUCAAACCGGACGAUUUUUCGCGAACGUGCAACGAGUGCCAACACAAAGUAUGCGAGGACUGCGCUUCCUACUCGACCACCGCCGAGACGGACGACGCGUCCACGUGGAGGUGCAGCGUGUGUCGUCGAAAAAUCGCGUCGCGCGGUCAGCCGGUUGUGACGCAAGAAUCAACCGAUUCCCUGCUGGACGUACCGGUGCUCGAGGCCCUCCAGAGGAGGCACAGCGACGCACGACUCGGUUGUCAAGCCGGCAAUCACACCGGUGGAUUGACGAGCGGUUUGGCACCGCCCAGGAGUCCGGAAUUGAGGAGGCACUCCGACGUGUCGCCCGCGAGUCUGAAGGAACUGGAAAAGUUUCGGAAGGUUGCAGGGGAACGUUGCGAGGAACUGAGAUGGGAGCGCGAACUGGAAUGGCGAAGCAAAUCGAGGGGUGGCUCGCCCGAACGUCAUCACUGCGACGGUAGGGGCGACAGAAAUUCCGAGCGCAACGAAAGAAACGAACAAUCGGCCGAACGCGGCGACAGAGGCGAGAGGAACGACAGGGGCGACAGGGUCCGGGCGAACAGCCCCCCCCACAGGGGGUCCAAGCAAAAUUCUUCGGCCGCAGAUCAGGAUCACGCGGGAGACCAGGGAAAUGGCGGGGGAGGAGGCGGCGGCGGGGGAGACGAGGACGAGGAACGUUGGCGACGUUCGAGAAGAACCGGAGGAACGGUUCGCCGAAAAUCUCGAGUCGCCAGGCAAAGGUCGUACGACGAGGAGGUGAAGUCAGGAGCGAUGUCCGGCUCCGGUCAACCGUCUCAUCCGGAACCGGGGCUCAACCUACCCGUUCAAUUGCCGAGGAGGGCGUCGGCUUACGACGUCUACGCGACACCCGGAGCCAGCGGACUGAACGCCAUGGCGAUCGCCGCGGCCCAGCAAAGAGCCUCGAUGUUCGCUCAAGGUAACCGUGAACCGGAAGAACGAUCGGUACAGACGUCGCGAAGGUCGUCAUUCCGGGCCGUUAAGCCGGUGCUUCCGUACGACAUGGGGACCGAAGAAGAGAAGGUCAUCAACCUCGACACCUCCCCGACAACCGAACCUUCGAACGCGCAAUCACCGGCUUUGGCUCCCGACGAAGAUCGGCGCACCAGGCGAAGAGGAUCCCAACUACCGGAUUUAAACGCGAUAAGGGGUCUUCCCGUGGUACCUGGUGUCUCGAAAGGGCCGGUGACCAAUGUCCAGGUCAGAGCCACUGCGGCCGUCGACGAUCGAGAAUUGCCCCGUCAAGGAAGCCUUGCGGACGGAGAAGGGAUAAAAAUCGUCAUUCACGACGUCGACAGCGAUAUGGUUCCGAGGGUGAAUUCGAAGAGGCGAGUGGUACUGAGAAGAGAUCCCGUCAUGGACAAGGGGCACAGAACGCGAGGAUUUGGCAUGCGAGUGGUCGGAGGUAAAACUGGAUCGGACGGAAGGAUGUUCGCGUCCAUCGUGUGGACGGUACCUGGGGGACCUGCGGAAAAAGCCGGACUUCAACAGGGAGACAAGGUCCUCGAAUGGGGAACGGUAUCGCUGAUAGAUCGAAGUUUCGAGGAGGUCGCUCAGAUAAUGGAACGCACCGGUGACGUUGCCGAACUGGUCGUCGAGCACACGACGGAUUUAAUCGGGGAUCUCGACGACCCGGGGAUGGUGCAAAAUCCUGGAAAACCGGCCGGAGGUUUGGGGCUGCAAUUGGAAACGGACACGGACAAAACUCCAUCAUCGCCAACACGUCGGAAAUUGCCAAAGACGCCGGAACAAAUAGCGAAAGAAAGACAGGUGACGGGUCGAGUUCAAAUUCAGGUUUGGUACGAAGCGGAGCGAAAGGAAUUAGUCAUAUCGGUAUUGGCAGGUGACGAACUUUGCACCAGAGAAGAUACCGGCUACGGAACCGCGCCGGAGGCUUACGCGAAAUUGCGACUCGUGCCGGCCUGCGGCGAUCAAAGUUCCUUGAAAACGGACGUCGCCGAACCGACUCAAAAUCCAAUUUGGAACGCGACUCUUAAUUUUUCCGGGGUCCCGGGCGACGAACUCAUGGACAAAAGUAUCGAGGUAACCCUCUGGGAUUAUUGUCCGGACAGGGAGAGCGUUUUCAUGGGAGAGUGCACGGUCGAUCUCCAGAAAGCUUUUCUGGACGACAGGGCGGUCUGGUACCGUCUCGAAGACCCCAGGUGUCUGCGUUACGGUAAAUCGCCCCACUGCUCGCCCAGGGGUUCGCUGUCCACGGAAAUCGCCCAAAGAUUGUUGAGGAGAACCGAUUUUCGCGAGAGAAGCAUAAGCGACGACACCCCCAGCGACGGCGGCAGCCCCGAGCCGUACUUCCUCCAUCCGGAUCACGCCUGGCAAGCGAAUUCGCGACGAGGUUCCAGUCAAUCGGAACAACUCGAAGUCGAACCUUACGAGCUGAACAAGGAUUACAGCAGAUCGUUGCCCGGGAGCAGACGAAGCAGUUUCCAAAGUCAGGGAGGAACCGACAGCAAAAGGGGUAGCACGGGAGAGGCGGACGUUCCGGUGGUGGUUUAUAAUCGCGAUCGCCGGCGAAGUUCCUGCGCCAGAGUCAUGCGCGAUCCGGACGAAAUUCUGAGGUCCCUGAAAGCGGUCAAGGGCGAACUGGGGCGAACUAUGAGCCUUUCGUCGAACGACAAACGACGGGGCAGUCGGCGGGGUGAGCGCAAGGACAGUGUCUUGGAUAUUCCGGAGAAACUGUUCGAUCGAAACAGCGAAUCUGACGACGACGACAAGUGGAGUCAAUCGGCAAAAGACGACGAAGGGUUCGACGUAAAAUUAGGACCAGGCCAAGUAGCACCCCGAGGAUUCAAAUUAACCGGUGGUGUGCCAAACGGAGAGGUAAAGUUAGGUCUGUUCAUGGGAAAAGAAACGUUGGAGGUCGAGGUAAUUUGCGCACGCGGUAUCUGCCCCGGAGAACGAAUCGAACCUGACACUUACGUGAAAACUUAUUUGCGAGACGGUGAGCGUUGGUUGCAGAAGAGAAAAACGCGCGUUGUUCGUCAUUCGCGAGAGCCUCAAUACCGUCAGACAUUAAAAUACGGUAGUUGCGACGCCAAGGAAAAGAAUCUCCUCGUUAUGCUGUGGGAAAGAAAUAUGGGAUUCGAGAGCAAUCAGGGAUUGGGAGGCGCCGAGGUUAAUUUGGGCCUCCUCACGUUGACGCGUCUCACAGUCGGUUGGUAUCCUCUUUUCCCAAUCCACACCUUAGGGACACAGAAUGCGGACUCCCCAUGAUGGUUGAGAGAAAAGUGGGCCCUCGAAGCUGGAGAACUCGAUUUACGAUUGAGUUUGCUUCUGAAAGACGAAGGCGAAUCGGUUAUAAAAAUCAUAUCCUGAUCAUUUUUUUUUUUUCAGUUACUCCUCAAAUUGUACAACGGGAGAAAUGAAUUUUUUUGCAAUCAAUUUCUUUAUCGUUUUGCUAUAGUUUUUUUUAUUUUUUUUUAUUUAGAUUUCGAUUCCAUCGCUUGACAUACGCAGCGAUUCAAUUAAUUGAUCGAUCAAUCAAUUAGAUAUAAUUAAACAUAAAUACGUGAACAAUACGAGGUCGUUUCAAAGAUGAUACCAAUAUUUCCUUUUAGCGAUGUAUAUUUUACAAAAGUCGCAACAAAAAUUGGAUCGCCUCUUUUAUUUCUUCAAAUACCAAAUAAAUUGAGUUUUCGAUUAACUGCGAUCACCGUGUAGAAACCGAUUCUACAGAAAUGAAGAAAUAAUGUAUACAUACGUAUGUACGUGCACAUAUUAAUAUUAGGUGUAUACCUAAAAUCGCGAAUUAAAAUUAUAUAUAUAUGAUAUAUCAACUCGUCAACAUCGACAAUCAAUGAAAAUAAUUAUUAGAUUAAAAGAAAAAGCAAAAGAGAAAAAAAGAAACGAAAAAAAUAGAUUAUCGCCUAUUAUAUUAGCUAUUAUGAAUACAUAUAUAUAUAUAUGUAAU